UUUGUUUUCAUAUAGUCAAUCGUGUCGGUCGUUUGUUGUUUAUGCGCAAACUUUUGUUUGUUUUUGUGAUAGGCGUCUCUUAAAGACUAUGGAAAUUAGUUUUUAAGAUAUGUAAUUAAGUAAAUAAUCUAUAAUAUCAAUAAUGCCUUAUUAUUGUACGGUACCGCGUUGUACAUCUAUGGCUGGGAAAGCUAAGAACGUUUCGUUUCAUCAAUUCCCUAGAGAUGAAGAGCUCGCGAAAUUGUGGAAUAAAAUAUUGAAGAGAGGCAAACCUUACACAAAAUAUUCAAAAGUAUGCAGCUUACACUUCACGGCUGACGAUUAUACAAACACAAGCGGACAAAAAAUCAAAGCAUGUCCUCUUGCAGGUCAAUAUCGCACGUUAAGGAAGGAUGCAAUACCCUCACAGAAUCUACCAACGGACACCCCGAUGGCAUACCAGAGACGGAGUUCCUGGACACCUCCAACAAUGGUCGAUCCCAAGAUGCAUCAGCAGAUGGCCCAAGCGAUAUAUGUACAGACAAUGUUAGCGAUGCAAGCUGCCGGGAUCACCGGAACAGUCUUCACUGAACAACCAUCACCUCCGAUAGACGACGCGGAAUCCUCAUCAACGUUCCACAAUCUAACACAAUUCGAACAGAUAUUCACAGAAAACGAGCACACAGAAACACAAGCACAGAACGAAACGCACACAGACACGUUCAGAUGCGCACAGUGUACGAAAUGUUUCAAAGAUCCCGACGUUUUCCUCCUACACAAACGAACACACACCAACGAUGAUACAGAAGACAUGCUGAGAGCCAACCCUAUAUUGGCAGGGCUGCUGAAAACACAAGCGCACAGUAAUGUAGAUAUGAAGAAUGUCAAAAGCAUCGAGAACCAAAUCAUGACAGCCCUAGCGGCGAACAUGGAGAACUACCUGCGCAAUCUGUCAACGAUCAUGACGCACGGCAGCGGCGUGGAAGAUGAGAAUUUCGAAAAUGGAACGCUAGAUUCGAAUUUCAACGGCAACAACGAGAAUUCAAAUUUCGAAGACGCUAGUAUAGAAUCCCAGAACUGUGAUAGCAAAGACUUGGAAUCGUCUGAUUCAAAUUUAAUUAUAGAUGAGGACGCAUGUUGAAUUUUUUCGAUCCCACAACGCCGCCAGCGAGACUGGAUAGAAACUGUAAACAAACUUAACUACCUUAUGACGUGUAUGAUGUAAAGUAAGGUCGGUUUACGUAAUUUAUCACGUUUCGUUGGACGCGCUGUGUUUUGUUUACUGUACUUAAGUAUUUGAAAUUUUGAGGCUAUAUACAAGUCCUGAUAAAAAAAUACAUAAAUUACGACUGAUAACGAUUAAUUGAAAACGACUGAAUUCUUUAAAUUAGCAUAAUUUUCCCACCUUUAGUUUGAUAUGAGAUGUAUAUUUUUCUACCUUUUUUUUUUAUUUUUUUUUUAAUUAUAAAUAUUCUCUUACUGUCAAAAGUCUGAUAUCCAUUUUAUUGUAUAAAAUUUACAUUUAUACAAAACAGAUAGAAAUAUAAUUAAUUAAAAAAUAGAUUUAUUUUUUCAAUAUAAUCUGAACUUGUACAGCUGUGACUCAAGUUGUUUUGAAAGACUGUACCGCAUUGACUUACUCCCACCGUAGCUGGUAGUUAAUUUGUAGUAACAUAGUGCCUUAGUGUUAGUGUAAAUUCUUUAUAUAAGAAAAAAUCCUAUAUAUAUAUAUAUAUUCCAUAAAACUUGAUUUUUUUUUUAUAAACAUCAACUUUGAUAAAUAUUUUUUUAGUAACUUCUACUAAAUGUGUUUGUGAUUUAAUUUUUUUUUUUUUUUUUUGAUCUUAAAUUGUUGUUAGAAAUCCUCUGUGAAUCAUUGAUCUCCUUUUGUAACGAUUAUAAAGCAAUUAGCAAUAAAAAAAUACAAGCCUG